UGACAGUGACAGCUCCAUUUUCUAAACAUUAGUGCAUGCUGUUGUAAAAACUAUUUACAUUUAUUUUAUUUAACUGCAAAAAUGUCUAAUAAUGGGGAAAAGUCUUCCACAACAAACGGCUUAGCUCCAGAUCCACAGCAGAGGCUGGCUUCAUUAAAACCAACGCGAGACCUUACCUUGGGCGGAGUAAAACCUAACAAAAAAGUGUUCACACCGAAUUUGAACGUGGCUAGGAACAAAAACAAGGGACCAAACUUAAACUCAGCUAGAGACCAAAAACGAGACGACAAAGGCAAGAGGGAUCGUAAAAACGACAAAAACAGGAAUAUUAAGAAUGGGCCAAAUGUUAUCAAAUCCUCUGGUGUCUUCUCUGAAGGAUUGGGAGCAGUGGAGAGGCAGUCAGGGCGCUUCGGGUCCUACGGCGGCCGGGACGGCGGAGGUGCGCCAGCCGCCACUCUUCAGAAACCUACUCUUAGAGUCAGAGACUUUGUCAAGGUAGACAAAGACCUGGAAGAGCAGAAAAUAAGAAGGGUGAUGGGCCAGGACAGUCCCGAGGACGAUGAAUACGAGGACUUGAAGCAGGUCGCUGAGAAAGAUGCGCCCAUCAAACUGCCUAUGGACACCGGAGCGUGGGCCCGCCCAAAGCCGGUGCAGGUUAAACAGGAGGUGGUCGUGAAGGCGGAACCCGGCGAGGAGGCGCCGCGCACCAUGGCGACCGUGCCCGCCCCGAUCGUGAAGAAAGAAGUGUUCGAAGAGAAUGACGUCGUCAACCUGCUCAAGAAUGACCAGCCCACGCUGAUAUUGUUGCAGUUACCAGACUCUCUUCCGGGCCGUGGCAGUGGCGGCGGGGAGCCGGAACCCUCCACCUCAGGAUCUGGAGACAACAAGGAAGAAGUGACACCAACCGACGGUAGAUGUCGCAUGAGCGACCUGGAGGAGGGCCGCGUUGGAAAACUGCGAGUGCACGCGUCUGGCCGCGUCACGCUGGCAUUGGGAGACACGAUCUUUGAGGUCAGCACGGGCACAAAGGCAGCGUUCUACCAGGAAGCGGUGUCCGUGGCUACGGACGACUCCUCGCGCUCCGCUAACCUGAUCUCUUUGGGACCGCUACUACACAAACUUAACCUCACACCGGAUUGGGAAGCCAUGUUCCAAGAUAUGCCAGUUUAAACUACUUUUCUAAACUUAAUACAGUGCUUGUCUUAUAUUAGCCAGGUCCACACAGAGCGAGGCAAGGUGCUCACGAGGCAAACGGCCAAUGUAGACGUGCCUCGGCCGAGCAAAAUGCAGGCGUGCCUCGGCCGAGGCACGUUUGCCUCGCGACGCGGGUCGACCUACGUGCCUCUGGCUAUAGCCAGGUUACGUCGCAAGGCAAUAUGCUCCCGCGGCAAUGGUCUAACGAGGCAGGUAGCUCGGCCGAGCCACGUCUAAAUAGCACGUUUGUCGCGUGAGGCAAUGAGGA